CGUACCGGUUGGACGCUUGGUUCUCUGCAGGUGUCAACAUCAAACACAGUUUCCAUCUGCGGAAGGUCACAACAUCUGGUUUGCAGCUGAAAGAAAACAAGAAGAAAACACACGAUGCUUAGACGAAUAUUACAAAUGACUCCUGGAAAGGGAGGGUCUCAGACACCAGAGUCUGACCAGCCGUCUGCUGACAUUAAUAAUGAGACUUCAGAGGGCUUCAUUUGCCCACAGUGUAUGAAGUCUCAUAACUCCGCAGAGGAGCUUUUCAAUCAUUAUGAAGUUUACCAUGAGCCCCAGGAGCAGCCGUCUCAUCUCAGCUCAGGGAGGGAGGACUUGGCACUUUUGCGACAAGAAGUGCAGGAUUUACAAGCGUCACUGAAGGAAGAACGAUGGUUUUCUGGAGAACUGAAAAAAGAACUAGACAAAGUGCAAGGACAACUGAAGCAAGGACCUCAGAAUGAUGGCCAGGAAGGUGUAGAGGAAUCAGAGCUGGAGAUGAAACUCCAUGAGGCUGAGACAGAAAAGUUCAACAUCAAACAGAUGAAAGACCUGUUUGAACAGAAGGCAGCCCAGCUGGCCACUGAGAUUGUAGACAUUAAAUCACGUUAUGAUGAGGAGAAGAGCCUGAGAGAGGUGGCUGAGCAAAAACUGACCAGCCUGCAGCAAGACCUGCAGAGAGAGAGGCAGGAAAAUGACAAACUACAGACAGAACUGCUGCAGAGACCAGGAGUGGAGGAUGUGGAGGUGUUAAAGAGGGAGCUGGUGCAGGUACAAACACUAAUGGACAGCAUGACUCGGGAAAGGGAGGAAGAGUCUGCACGGCUCAAGAAUGAGUAUGAACAGCUGCAGAGGAAUUUCACUACCUCAGAGUCUACUAUCUCCAAGCUGAAGGCAGAACUGGAAAAGGGUCCCCAGGAAGCUGCUGUGUACACGCAGCAGAUUCACCAACUACAGAGCAACCUAGACAACCUCCAGCAACAGAGCCAGAUGCUGUCAGCGAAGCUGUCGCGGAAGGAGAAGGAGAACCAAGAGCUGGAGGAGCGCCUGGGCCAGGAGCAGGUGUCUAAGAAGAAUCUACAGGUCAACCUUCAUCAAAGAGAGUUGGAGCUGCAGGAGAGCCAAGUACGCACAUCAGCAGGAGAGGCCUCUCUCAGUCGGGUCCAGGCUGAGUUAACUGAGCGUGUGGAAGAGGUUGGGCGCCUCAGAAAGGAGCUGGCUGAGCUUGAGAAAAACCAGCAGGAUCUGAAAGCCGAGCGCAAACAACUCCAGCAGCAGCGGGAGGAGCGAGAAACCCAGGGCUUGCAGCAGCAGAGCGAGAUCAGCCAGCUGCACGGAAAGCUCCUGGAGACGGAGCGGCAGCUGGGCGAGGUGCAGGGUCGGCUGAAGGAGCAGAGACAGCUUGCAGGAGAGAAGCUGAAAGACCGUGAGCAACAGGUUGCUGACUUCCAGCUUAAAGUUUCCCGUUUUGAAGAACAGCUAAAAGAGAACACUAUCAAGUCCACUGACCUGCAGCACCAGCUGGACAAAUCCAAACAGCAACAUCAAGAGCUGCAGUCUCUCCAGCAGACCACUAAUGGCAAGCUACGAGAAGCACAGAAUGACUUGGAGCAGGUACUGCGGCAAAUCGGUGAUAAGGACCAGAAGAUCCAGAAUCUGGAGGCCCUGCUACAGAAAAGCAAAGCCAGCCUGAGCCAGCUGGAAGCUGAAAGAGAAGAACUGUGUGCCAAGAUCCAGGCAGGAGAGGGUGAAGCUGCUUUACUCAACCAACUUCAGGAAAAGAACCAUACACUACUGGAGCAGAUAAGUCAGCUGACGGAAAAACUGAAGAACCAGUCAGAGAGUCAUAAACAAGCCCAAGAGAACCUUCAUGAGCAAUUACAAGAGCAGAAGAGCCAGCUGCGCUCAGCACAGGACCGCUGCCAGUCCUUGGAGGGUAAUGCAACAGAUCUCGCUGCCCAGCUCACUCAAAGCAAGGAGAGGCUUACCCAACUCGACACCCAGCUAAAAGCUAAGACAGAGAUGCUGCUCUCAGCUGAAGCAGCAAAAACUGCCCAGAGAGCAGAUUUAGAGAGCCAUCUAGAAACAGCCCAGCAUGCAUUACAGGACAAGCAACAGGAGGUGAGUAAGGCUCAAACUCAGCUAGAGGAACAGGCCCAACGGCUGCAGGUGAAACAGGAACAGUGCUUGCAGCUAGAGGCAUAUCUGAAGGAGAUCAGGGAGAAGCUGCUUGCUGCGGAGCAGAAGGCCGACACCCUGGAGAGCCAGGCUAAGAAAACAGAAGCCGAGUUAGUAGAGCUGCGCUCAGCAAGAGAACAAGCGCAGAAGGCACAGCAAAAACAGCAACAGAAAAUGAGUGAUCUGGAGAAAUGGAAUAAGGAGCUCAGUCAUCAACUUGACACCGAAAAAGAAAGGGCUGCAGCUCUGCAGGAAGAGCUGCAGAAGAAGAUUUUAGCUUUGGGAGAAGCAGAAAAGCAUGUGGAGAAGUUAGAACAGGAGCAGAGUGACAUUAAGACCAGACUGAAGCAGCUCACUGAGGAAGGGCGCAUGCAAAAGGCAGAGCUGGAGAAGAAGCUCCAAGGGAUGAACACAGAGCUUCAGAAAACCCAGCAAGAGAAAGACGCACAGUCUAAAGAGAUGCAGCAGGUAAAAGAGGCUCGAAGCAAGGCUUCCGCAGCCCUGAAGGAAAGUCAGACCCAGCUCGAGAAAGAGAAAAGGAGCAGUACAGCAGCCUUGGAGGAGAAGGAGAAAGCUCAUCAAAAAGUCCAGCAGGAGCUUCAAAAGAGUGCAGAAGCAACAACUAAAGAAUUGAGCACUGCCAAAGCUCAAUUGGAGAAAAUGGCUGAGGUGGAGAAGGGACUUCAGGCACAGUUCAAAGAGCUGAACGGCCAAUUGAAGAUAGCUCAGGAUGCACUUAAGGAGAAGGUGAAGGAGGUCCAGCAGGUCCAGACACAGCUAAAGACAGCCCAAGGAUCUUUUACUGAGGAAGUGAAAAAACUGCAGAGCCAAGUGGCAGAACUGCAGACCGCCCAAGCGAAGAAGGUGGAGGAGUUGACUAAGCUGAAGGAACAGAUGACUGUGCUGUCAGAACAGCUAAGUUCAGAGAAAAGCCACAGUGCAGAGCUGAAGAAAACCUGUGACAGCACCAAGGAGAGUUUGAACAAACUUCAGUCUGAUUAUUAUGGCAAGGAAUCGGAAGCAUCUGCUUUGCGCCAAGAUCUCAAGGUACGUGAGGAAAAGCUGGCUCUGACUCAGGAGGAACUGGUGACCAGCACCAACCAGCUGAACAGUAGCGAUGCCCAGAUUCAGGAGUUGAAAACAGAAAUUGCCGCACUAGAGAAAGACUUAAAGAAGAGGGAUGAGAAACUCAAACAGCAGGAGGAGGCUCUACGAGAACUGCAGAAGCAGCAGGAGCUGAUGCAGGAGGAGCUCAAGAAGGAACGGUCUCAGGUGGAGGAGUUGAAGGAGGCUCAGAUUGGCUUGAAGAAAGAGCGGAGCAGGCUGAGUGCUGAACUUAGAGCUCUGGGUGACAAGAGUGAGAAGGAGUUAAAGGAUCUGCAGGCAGCAAAGCAGCUCUUGCUGCAGCAGAAAGUAGAUCUACAGGGACGAGUGGAAGCGAUCCAAGCAGCAUUGGAGCAGGAAAAGAAAGAGCAUCAAAACACCCGCCAAUCCAUCACACAGUCUCAACAGCUGCACAAAGCAGAGACUGACAAACUACAUAAACAACUGGUUUUGAAAGCAAAGGCUAAAGAAGAGGUGGAAAAGCGGAUGGAGGAGGCAGAGACAAAGCUCUCAAUGCAGGUUUCUGCACUUAAUGAGAACGUUGCCACGCUGAAGCGAGAAUGGCAGAGCAGUCAGCGACGUGUGAACGAGCUGGAGAAACAGACUGAUGAAUUGCGUGGAGAGAUCGCUGUGCUUGAAGCCACUGUGCAGAACAACCAAGAUGAGAGACGUGCCCUGCUGGAGAGGUGUGUGAAGGAUGAGGGUGAGAUAGAGAAGUUACAAGCCAAAGUGGUGGAGAUGAGGAGGAAACUAGAUGACACCACAGCAGCCAUGCAGGAGCUGGGCAGAGAAAAUCAAUCCUUACAGAUAAAGCAGUCACAGAGCCUGACACGGAAGUGGGCAGAGGACCACGAGGUGCAGAACUGCAUGUCUUGUGGAAAAGGCUUCUCUGUCACCAUCCGAAAGCACCACUGCCGUCACUGCGGGAACAUCUUUUGUGCAGAGUGCUCGGCCAAGAACGCCCUUACACCGUCCUCUAAGAAACCAGUGCGAGUAUGUGAGGCCUGCUAUGAGGAGCUGCAGGGCUAGCAGAUCUCUUCUAGCCUGCUGCUCUGCCACUCCCUCGCCAAGGACCAUUCCUGCACAAGACCGCAGUUUUUCCAGACUCCAGGAACAGAAGCAGGAGUGUUGGGGUGGUAGGGCUGCAGGAAUAAAUGAGAACUGGACUGCUUUGAUCCUCUCACUGGACAUGAGGUGGCCUCAGUGAGAGAGAGAGAGAGAGAGAGAGAGAGAGAGAGAGAGCAACUGGAGAAUCACAGCAGUCCUCACCCGAGCAGUGCCUUGGUCACCUCAGGGCCAAAUGGGGUUCCAAAGAAUCUAAAAGGGAAAGCAGUGCAGAAUUUUAAAGUGUUUCCUUCAAGCUUGAUGUUUUUUAGAUGAGAUUUCUCACGAGCUCUGGGCUCUAUGGGGGCCAGGCUGGAAGAUCUUUUUUUACCCCAUGGUUUUUUAAAUAAUUUUAUUUUUCUUCAGAACAAAGCAGCAGUGAAUUGCACGUGCUUCGUGAACGGGUCAGGUUAGUGCUGUCAGGGAAGAUAAAAGCGCAGAGCUCUGAAAAAUCCCAUCCCAAAACGAAUAACACUUUUCCAGCUGCCAGUGUGGUAUUAUUCAAUUACUGAUCUGAAUCUGGGAUCAUCUUCAGCCGAGAUAAGUACUGUUUUCCAAUGUCGAAAGUGUGAAAGCAGUAGGAGUUAAUCAGAGUCUGUGGGAUGGUGACAAUUUCACCUCCAAUGCUAGUGUUAAUGGUGAACAUUGAACGCAAAAACAAGAACACAAACGAAUUUCGUGUCUGAUUGAACAGUCAGAGUUUACACAAAAAGCAGACACUAAAACUGAAGAUAAGCCAUUAUAGAUAUUCCUAUAUUUUUUCACUUCAAUCCCAUGAUCUUCUAUUCCACGUUUCAUAGUGUUGCAGCCUGAACCCUGGAAAUAAACAUAGUCAGGAAUUUAUACACAAUAGCUAAUAAAUCUAAUAACCCAUAACAUUGAAUUGGGAUAAAAAUCAAUAUAGUUUGCUUAUUUUGACUGAUUUUAUUUGAAGUUGUAACAGUGCAUUGUUCACUUGCCAGUUGAAUUUACAGAUUUUGCUAGUAUACGGUGCCACACUGUCCCUUGGAAAGCACUAUUUAUCUUCACUUUAACCCUAAACCUUUCCCAACUCAGUUAUCAUUUACUUCAAGCAUGUUUUUAAACGGUGUUCGCGUAUCAUACAUGCUUGCUAUGCUGCUCCUUGUUCAUUUUUUUUACUAUUGGUUUUUAUUAUAUGAGCUUUUCCAAAUCGGUGCAUUUGAGCAGUAUUUUCUAGUUUUGAUCGUUCCGAUCAGUCUGAUUUUUGACAGCAUCACUUAUUUGCACAUGUAUGUGCUCUGCUACUAAGCAAUAACUGUGGUCAUGUGGCUAUAAUUGUGUGUGUGUGUGUGUGCGCGUGCGUUGGACUCUGUGUACGUAAGAGAUUUAUAUAUAGAUGCUAUAUUGAUUGUAUAAAAUACAGGCUGCUAGAGCACUAUUGAGAUCUGUGUAGCGUUCCCACGCAGGCCUCUGCGUUCCCGCAUCUCAUCAUCUUUUUCUGUUCACAAGGUGUAAAGCGUCACGCAUGACACACGAGAAACGAGAAAGCAUCAGCUUCAGAGAUCCGUCAUGCAAUCACUCAUGCAAUCAGUACUCUAUCCGCUCGAGGAAGUGCUCAGUGGUUAAUUGAGCUGUGAGCCGAGGCUCGUCCAAACACGCAAAAGACGUUGUACAGAUUGUACCUGCCGUAUAGUGAUUUUCAGCUCUGUGGCCUGCGAAAUCCAUGUAUUAUAAUGCACCUGUCGUUAUAACGAACGGCUGUACCGAUGCACGUUUACAAUCGUACCCGCCGCAGCGUGGUUUAUUCUCAGACACACACAUGCUCAGAUGCACCAAAAACUGCAAAUCUCAUCAUCCUUUUGAUCAUCAAUGUAAAGUGAGACAGAAUCGCUUUCUUUUGUCACCUACCUCUGGACUGUGUGUUUUUAAAUAUUUGUUUUAUUAACACUGGCUUUCAAGCCUCAAGUGUUGACUACAAAAAAAGUAAAUAAUGUUUCCAGAGGUUUGAAUAUUAAACGUGUUCGGAUUAACUCUCCGCUGGGUCGUUGUUGUGCACGAGCUGUGAACCGACGAACAGUCGGACUGAACAGUCAAUCUGAACAGCGGGCUGUUUCUGUUGCGAUCAUGUGCUCGUGCCUUAAGUCUUGCUUUCUCUGCACUUCAGCUCGGUCACGUGAGCUGAGCAGAAAGGCUUUACGCUCGUACGUAACCGUUCUCUGUCGGUAUGGCGACGCCGGUGGUUAUUAAAGUGUCAAAGUGAAUAUAGAAAAUGUGUGGAUAUAAAUUAUGUGAUGUUCGUUUUUUUAUUUUGUUCGAGUGAAUAAACUAGGUGUUUGUAUUUUCAUUUGUCUUUUCAUACGUCUGUUCGAGCCGCACAAUACGACGAUAGGAAAAUAUUCCGGCCAAUGACAUUUCUCCACUUUACUGAGCUGACAGGGAUCAUUAGUAGUAUUGCAUUUUUGAAUGGUUUAUUUUGAAUAAACUUCAUUGUUAGAAAUGUA